AUGAAUAAAACUUAGAAAGUAGUGCUGUACUCUUUGGGAGGAUUAGCUGCUUUAGCUGGAACAUAUUACUAUUUUAGAUAGCGCAAAUUAAAUUCAUCUUCAUAUAAUUAUUUGCUAAACUAGUUCAAGAGAGAUUUUUUCAAGAUAGACAUAUUGAAACUUGCAAACAUGCAAUUUAAAUUUGAGCAGCUAUUUAUAAAAGCAACAAUGGAUGAAAGUGGUUAAACUAUUAUUGAAAGACUGCAAUAUAAAGGUAAUAAGAGUGAAGAAGAAAUGCUAAAAAUAGAUUGUUGUAGUUAGCAUCUUAAAAGUGGAGCUGCUUAUUAUGAAUGUCUUGAUUGCUCCAUAGUGAGAUAAGAAAUAGCCAAAUCUAAUAAAAAAAGCGAAGAAUAGUGUAUUUACUUAACUGUUUGUGAGGACUGUUUCGAUAUUUAAAAGCACAAGGGGCACAAUUACACCAGACAUCAAGCCUCAAAUGAAGAAAUAUUUAGAUGCUGUUGUGGUGAUUCGGCUUUUAUGAAGAAAGAGAGCUUUUGUAAUAAGCAUUUGGGAUAUUAGGAUCUUGUAAAAGUUUUUGAUGAAGAAGAGAAAAAAGAUCCAAGGUUGUGGCAAUAAAUCGAAAGUUUCUUUCAAGAUUUUUUCCAUAUUGCAUUUGAUACUGCUAGUAUUUUACUGUAUAACACGGUAAUGGGGUAAUAAAAUAAGACAAAGUCAAUAUAAGCUCACCUUAAUACAUUUUUAGGAUUUAUUUUUGAUAAAAUAAAUGAAAUCAUAGAAUUAAACAAGUGUUCUAUGGUAUUCUUUACUCGCUUAUUUUAAAAGACUUUAAGUAAGCCUAUUGCCUUAUAAUUAGAAAGGAAACAAAUGAGUACAGAAUUUUAUCGUUGGAGAUUAACUAUCUUAAAAUAGAGCUAGUUGAAUACUGAUCUUUCAAUCUUAGACUAUAUUAUGGUAUUUUCUAAAUUGACUGACUCAAAAAUCGAUCAAAAUAUUGCUAACCUGCUAAGAAACUUGAUAAAGGUCGAAGAAUAUUUUCGUUGCUAUUUUUCUGAGAGAUUUUUCAAGUUUAUUUUCUUUACUUUCAAAUCAGAAAAAAUUUUCAUUUAAUAACUUAACAAGGAAGUGUUUAAAGCUAUUUUACCACCUUUAGCUCACAUGAUGAUAGAAUAAGUUUCUUUAAUGAGUGUAUUCAUUCAUUUAGUAGAGAAAUUAGGUGAAGAAAUAUUUACACCUCUUGACCUAUUCAAUGAAUAUUUAGAAACAAAGCCUCCUCAAGUAUUGGAAAACGAUGAGGUCAUAUAUCUUCUUUUUAAUAUUUGCUUUGAAAUGCUUAAGUAAAUAAACAUGCUUAAAAUCAUACUUCCUAAAUUUUACAAGCUAAUCAUAGACAAAUAUUUUAUUAUUUCUUAUCGCAUGUUUAUUAGAAAUUCAAUCUCAUUCAAAAAAGAACCAAACAAAAGUGAUUUUUUCAUUUCAAAUAUCGAUCAAGUUUGUGAGUCCAUUCACAUGCAAAUCUUAGAACCAUAGGUCCUUCUUUGCUUCAUCAAUAUUUAUGAAGGCAUUCUUUUGAUGGAGGAUGAAAACUUAGUUAAAGAGAUUAUUCCAUAUAUCUGCUAAGCUUUUAGUAAAAUAACCUUAACAGCUUAUUUAAAACUUAAUGAAUUGUAUGAGAAAGAUAUUUGCUUCAUCAGUUUAUCUCUAUCUUUUGUUAUUCAAUUACCUCUUUUGAUCGCUCUUUCUGAACGCAAGAUGUUUUCCAAAAGCGUGGUUUAAGAUUUCUUUGAAAAAAAUUUUAAAUAUUCAAUUAGAGUUGAGGAAACUGACAGUUAGUAAGAAGCAGAAAAAAAAAGAAAAGAAAAUAAAGAAGUUUUGAUCACUUCAAUAUUAGCAAUAUUAAAUAGCUUUAUAACAAUUAACACACAAACUUCUUUCUUUUAAGAGAUGAAGAUUGCACAAAGAAAACUAAACUUAAACUCAUAUGAUGGAUAAAGAUUAAAUAGUAUUAUUGCUUACACUAUUGAUUAUAUCAUAUCUCCAUAAUACAGAAUAUAUGAUUUCUUUACACUCUCUUAUUAACUCAUUUCACUUGCUGUAAAAGAUGAAAUUCUACAUUCAAAUGUCAUGCUUUAUCACAAACAUAUUGCUUUCUUUAAAGCUACCAAGUAAUCACCUUAGUUAAUUUUCUUAUCUGCAGAUGCAUAAUAGAAUACUACCUAAAUGUUUAUAGAUUCUACUCCCUUUAUCAAUGUCUUUUUUAAUAACUUAGAAUUAUUCUUCCCUGAAUUUAGAUAAAAGGAUCUUCAAAAUAUAAAAGAUAAAAAAGAAGCUAAUAAUGAAAUAGAUUAAGCAGAUAAGUAAGAAGAAAAAGAGAAUAAAGAAGAUAUUAAGAUAAAGGAAAUAAAUAUAUUUGAUAAAGUAAAUGACUUUGAGGUAUACAAACAAAAUAUGCACUAAAUUAUUAUCACUAUAAUUUAAGCAAGAGAAAGGGAGAAAAUGUUCAUAAAAGACAUUGAAUUAUUCUGCAAAAGUUGUCUUCACUACCCAUCAAAUCUCUUGAAAUAUGCUUAAGAAGUUUGUAAAACAAAGGAUAAUGAAAAGCUUACUGAAAGUGAUGACAUCAUUCUCCUGCAAUAAUACGAAACAUAAUAUUUCCCUAAAAACUUUUUAAGAGUUUAUGAGGAUAUUUACAAAGCAAUAUAAGUUUUGUAAAGCAAAAAUGAAUUGACUAUAUACCCAUAUAUUGGAACAAAUAACGAUUUACAGGGAUUUUUCUAAUAUCAAAUAGAUUUAAUUGAAAGAAUUUUGAUGAACCCAAAUUAUUAACAAAAAUUGAUUGAAUAAAUUACUUAAGACUCCUAAUAUCAUCACAUUUCAUUCUUUUUCUCAAUUGUGAUUUACUUUACAUUGAAAUUCCUUAAGUCAUACAAAAAUUCAGAAAAUUUAAAUGAAGAAACAUCAAACAAUUAUAAAGAAAUUUUAGAGAUGUACAAAAAUGAAGAGACAAUUAAAGGUCUGAAAAAGUAAAUUGAAGAAGAGCUAAAUUUAUCAAAGAAGAGACUUACUGAUACAAGUGAAAAAUAAAUCUUAAAAGCAUUUUUAGAUAUGUUAGACUACAUCAACGAUGUUUAAAAAAUAGAAUGA